AUGUCACGAUCCAGUAGUGAAACUGAAUACAAGGCAAUUGUUGCUGCUACAACUGAGUUGAUAUGGGUUGAGAAUCUACUUAAGGAGCUUGGUAUAAAACUGAGGCAAAGACCAUGUCUAUGGUGUGAUAAUUUGGGAGCUACAUAUCUAUCUGCUAAUCCUGUUUUUCAUGCCAGGACAAAGCAUAUCGAGAUAGAUUUCCACUCUGUUCGAGAAAGAGUUGCAAAUAAAAUGCUUGAUGUUAGGUUUAUUUCCAGCAAAGAUCAACUUGCUGAUGGCUUUACAAAAGCUCUUCCUGUAAAACUUUUAGAUGCUUUCAGGACUAAUCUCAACCUCACCCAAGGAGAAUAUAUAGCCAAGGAGGAACAAUUCAUGGCAGAAUCUGCUGUCAGAAUCGUGGUUGGGAGCGUGGGCAAUCUCGCUGUUCAAGAGACCAAAUUCUUAUGCGGAGUCAACCUUGAAGUGGGGUUCCUGAAAGAUGAGCUGAUGCGGCUGCAAGCCUACCUGAGAGAUGCCGACAGCAAAAGGAGAUCAGGAAAUGAAAGAGUUUCUGUUUUAGUGAGCCAGAUUAGAGCUGCAGCGUACGAGGCUCAGAAUGUUAUUGAAGCUGCAGAUUACAUGGAUAAAAGAAACAGGCAGAAGAUGGGAUUCAUGGGCGCCAUUUCAAGGUAUGCUCGCUUACCAAGUGACUUGGCGACCCUUCGAAAAGUUGGUGCUGAAAUCCAACACGUGAGAAGGAAGCUCAAUGAGAUAUUUCAAAGUGCGGAUCGUCUGAAAAUUGAUUUGGAUAAUAUUGUUGUAGUUGAAAAUGAGUUUCCACAAGAUUGCAAUCAGUUUCACCCGAGUUUUGAUGAUGAUCUUGUCCUAGUUGGUUUUGAGGAUGAGCAUGAAGAAGUAGUAGAUAAAUUAGUUGAUAAUGAGAAGAUGCUAAGUGUUGUCUCCGUGGUUGCCAUGGGUGGGGCAGGGAAAACAACGCUGGCUAAAAAAGUCUACACAUCAUCUAGAGUCAAACAACACUUUGAAGUAGCUGCAUGGGUGACCGUGUCUCAGACAUUCAAGGGCAUUGAUUUACUCAAGGAUAUCAUGAAACAAAUAACAGGGGGCGCAUAUGAUUCAACGAAUCUUAUGCAGGAGUUUGAUGUCGGAAAGAAGAUUAGGGAUUUUUUGUUUAAAAAGAGAUACUUAGUAGUUCUCGAUGAUGUGUGGGAAACAGACACAUGGGACCAAUUAAAUAGAACAGUUGAAGCCUUUCCAAAGGUUACUAGAAGAAGCAUGGCACAUGGAUGGAUUGAGGAAAUAAGGGUUCAUGAUAUUUUCAAUGAGUGGUGCAUAGAAGAGGCAAGACAAGAUAGUUUUCUUGAAGUCCUCCACGAAAUUUCAGGACAAGUCAGUGGACAGUCAACUGAUAUGAUGAUACCAUAUCGUUCUUCUUAUCAAGUAUUGGAUGGUCAUAUUUUGCAGGCAGCACCUAAUCUCCGAGCUCUGAUUGGCUUUCAACUUCGAUCAAUAUCUCUCCUUAAACUCAGAUUUCUCCGAGUUCUUCAUAUUGAAAGAUCAAGGGUAGGGGAUUUCACUAGUGCAAUUGGUGGGUGUAUUCACCUAAGAUGCCUCAUGUUGAUUAGAUGUGAAGACGUUACUCUCCCUUCCUCAGUCGGACAACUCCUUUACUUGCAAACUAUUGAUAUGACUGGCACACACUCAGCAAUACCAAAAUCGUUGUGGGAUAUCCCUUCUCUAAGGCAUGUUUGCCUUUCUAAUGGAUUUUCUCCACCAAAGCGUCUUCAACAAAAGGAGCUCCAGACAUUCCAAUUAGAACUUGGAUCUUCUAACAGUAAAUGCUACAAUCUUAACAUGGUGAAGUUUUUGAGCAAAAUGACUCAACUAACAACCUUGUCGUUGAGGUCGAAAAAAUAUCAAUAUAUGCUCGUUGAAAUGAUGACUGUAAUUGCAAACAUGCCACGCCUGGUUGAUGUUCACCUCUACAGAUUGAGUGAGUGGAAGAUCGAGACUGGGGCCAUGCCAAAGCUCUCUCACCUGACACUCAAGUGGUUCACUAGUUUGAGAAACCUCCCCGAGGGGUUGUUACACCUUCCAUCUCUCAGUAAGGUGGAAGUAGACAGUUCUUAUGCUGGAGACGAAAGGGUGUUGAAGGAGCUGCAGCAGAAAGGAUGCAAGGUGAUAAAAAGAAGUGUUUAGGCAUGUUAUUGUUCCCUGGAUUCCGAAAGCAUUCUUCGACGACAAGAGAUGUUGUUUCCAAAACAAGGAUGUGUUUGCUUAAUUCUGC